AUCUGAUUCGUCUAGUAGCGCUAACAGCAAUACGUAACGGAAGAUAUUUUACGAUCUGUCGACUGUUCUGGACAUUAGCUGCAUUUCUUUCGUUGAAAGAGGUUGCUUUAUCGAAGAGAACUGCGAAUCGUUUCGAUAUCAAAUUCAUCAUGCAAAUCUUUGUGAAGACCCUCACUGGAAAAACUAUCACCCUUGAGGUGGAAGCUUCUGACACUAUAGAAAAUGUCAAAGCCAAGAUCCAAGAUAAAGAGGGCAUUCCUCCUGAUCAGCAGCGUCUGAUCUUCGCUGGUAAACAAUUGGAAGACGGCAGAACUCUUUCAGAUUAUAACAUCCAAAAGGAAUCCACACUCCAUUUGGUUUUGCGUCUUCGAGGAGGAAUGCAAAUCUUUGUAAAGACUCUUACGGGCAAGACCAUCACGCUCGAAGUCGAAGCUUCUGACACGAUCGAAAAUGUAAAAGCCAAAAUCCAGGACAAAGAAGGUAUUCCUCCUGAUCAGCAGCGUCUGAUUUUCGCCGGCAAACAACUGGAAGAUGGCAGAACUCUUUCAGACUAUAACAUUCAAAAGGAAUCCACACUUCACCUGGUACUGCGUCUUCGAGGAGGAAUGCAGAUCUUCGUGAAAACACUCACAGGCAAAACCAUCACACUCGAAGUCGAAGCUUCCGACACGAUCGAAAACGUAAAAGCCAAAAUCCAGGACAAAGAAGGUAUUCCUCCUGAUCAGCAACGUCUGAUUUUCGCCGGCAAACAACUGGAAGAUGGCAGAACUCUUUCGGACUAUAACAUUCAAAAGGAAUCCACGCUCCACUUGGUUUUGCGACUUCGGGGAGGUGCCUGCCCUUAAAUUGCAGGUUCAGAGAAACGUCGCUAGUAAUAGUAUCUUGGAAAUGGGAUAUAAUACCAGUAGUAUCGGAAUAGUGAUGAAUAUUAUUUUUUAAUUUACGCAAAUCUAUAUCCCCACGCUUUUUAUAAUUUUUUUUCAAAGAUGUCAUUUUAAAGCAACAAGAAUGUAACAAAUUGUAAUUGAAGUAUCGUAACACAUUCUUGUACAGCAUUUAAACAUUAAAUCGCAUUUAAAAUUA